AGACAUCUCUUGCCUCACCAUGGCACGUACCAAGCAAACCGCUCGUAAAUCCACCGGAGGAAAGGCUCCAAGGAAGCAGCUUGCCACCAAAGCUGCUCGUAAGAGUGCGCCAGCUACCGGUGGAGUAAAAAAACCCCAUCGCUACAGGCCUGGAACUGUCGCUCUUCGUGAGAUUCGUCGGUACCAGAAAAGCACUGAGCUGCUUAUUCGUAAACUACCUUUUCAACGUCUUGUCCGCGAGAUCGCCCAGGACUUUAAGACCGACCUCCGGUUUCAGAGCUCUGCUGUGAUGGCUCUUCAGGAAGCAAGCGAGGCUUAUCUAGUCGGUCUCUUCGAAGAUACCAAUCUUUGUGCCAUUCACGCUAAACGUGUCACUAUCAUGCCCAAAGAUAUCCAACUGGCAAGACGUAUCCGUGGUGAACGUGCUUAAGCACUCAACUAUUUUUUUUUCAAAUCAGCCCUUUUCAGGGCUAACACAUUUCUCAAACGUUGAACAUAUUUUUCUAAUUUGUCUACUUAUUCCCACAAUUUUUUCAUAAAUAUACAAACAAUAAAUUACAAGUACAAGCUAUAGGAUAUUUUAAGCAUGCAGAAGUCAAUAAAGCAAUUGUAUUCAUGAUUUUAGCGCCAAAAUUUCAAGCACAAUUUCAUU